ACCUGGGCCUCCCCUGCUGGAGCAUGGGCAGUAAGGGCCUCCUGAGGGAUAAGCAAGCAGGAGCCCAGGAGCUAUCCUGAUAAAGUAAUUAUUGUGAUACUCUAAAAAAUUCGAAGAAUAAAGAAGACUUGGCAUGACCUUCAUGGCCCACAAUCAGAGCCAAAGACCUUUUCCACUGGAAACUCUUCUAAUGCCAAAGGUGCCGCGAGGAGAUUAUCUGCACAUACUGGAAGAGAAACAAAAACUGAAGCUAAACAAAUUCCUCCUUCAUAGGCUGUUUCUAGUGGCCAACAUACAGCCAAACAUGGAGAAAAAAGAAGUUGCUGAAUACUACGAUCAAGCAUUUCAGUCAAUUCUGAAACAUCACCCGGAAGAAGCCGUGACGGGGUUACUGCUCAUCUACCCCACUUCCAUGCUACACAUCAUCGAGUCCUCCGAUGGCACUCUGCAGCAAGUUCUUUCAGAUUAUCUUGGCCAUGAAAGGAAGGAGCCAGAAUUUUGGAUUCAAAAAAUGAAAAUUAUAGUCAUCUCUCACAACAUCCCAACAAGACUCUUCAUGCAGUGGCACGUUUCGGUAGUCAGAGUGCCAACUGUUUACCUGGAGGACAUGACACAGUCACAGUCCCUGCAGGAGGUCAUCACAGGUUUUCUAACCUGGAUGCAUAAAUUGGCACUGCACCUUAAGACUCUUAAAGUGGGUGCAAAAGGACUAGAUGAUAACUUGCACCUCGCUGCACCUCACCUGCUCCCCGCAGAACAAAUCUUAAAGUAUUUAGGUAAUGCUGAAGAACUCAUGGACCCAGCAACUUUCCUAAGCACAUAUAAUAAACCCAUAGAUAUAGUCUUGGAUUCUGAGGUGGUGUGGCCUGCUCCGUCCAGGUUCUACGAUGGAAAGAAAUACUGACGUCAGAUCGCUUAAGGGAUCUGUGAAACCUAAAGAAAGAAAACUAUUUCUAACAUUAGUCUUCUUUUUCUCUCUUUUAAUAAAAGGACACUACAAUUUAUCAAAAGGUAAUAUGUUCA